GAAUUUUCAUCUACUAACCCUGUGCGCGUAUUUGUUGAUAAUUCGAAUCUUUGGACUGAGGGAAAGUACACCGUUGGAAAUCUCGAACGUCUAGCGCACCAUUCUUUAUCACCUGACGAUUCAUUGUGGACACACAUUUGGAAUCAAGGUUUUGACGUUAAUAUAUUUGAUCGAGACCGUGAACAACAGACAAUUAUAUCCAAUGAUCCUGGUGUUUUUGUUUGGAUUGCCCGUGAUAGGGAUUAUGAACCUUUAAUAAAACAAGCAUUGAAAUAUAAUUGA